AUGGAUCUGAUGGGCCUGCUUUCCAUCAGAAAAUGCCAAUUUAAGUGGGUCAUCGUGUGUAUCGACUAUCACUCCAAAUGGAUCGAGGCUGCACCCUUGACCGCAAUAACAACCGAGAAGGUCCAAAACUUUCUACAAUGCAACAUCUUCUACCGACACAGUACGCCGAAGUUUAUCAUUACAGACAAUGGCACACAGUUCAAUAAAGACCACCUCAUCACAUGGUGCAAAGUAAGAGGAACCAUGCUCAAGUUUGCCUCUAUCGCACACCCCAAGACCAAUGGGCAAAUGGAAGCUGGCAACAAAUUAAUCAAGGGUCUCCUUAGGAAAAAACAGGAUGAAGCAAAGGGGCUUUGGCCCGAGAAGCUCGACGAGGCACUAUGGGAAAUCCGCACCACGCCAAAAGAGGCCACGGGCUAG